AUGAUAUUAUCACAUGAAGCAUUAAAUCGUGAACGUGAUUGGUUUGAAUCAUCUGAAUCAUUGUUAUAUGAUGGUGUGAGUGAUUAUGAAAAUACAGAAAAAAUUGUACGUGAAUUACUUUUCACAUUAAUUCGUGAAACAUUAUUAAUUAGAAUUUGUUGGCUAACACAAAUGUAUACAUUUCUAAGUGAUCAUUUUGCUAAUCAUGUUAAAUCGGCGCUACUCAAUACAAAAUUUUCUCAUUUAAAAGAAUAUGUCAAAGUAUUAAGUUUAGUUGAUCCUGAAUAUCAUACAGUUACACGUAAAUUUACUCGUAAUGUUGUCACAGCUAUUAAACAUGCAAGAUAUGCUAAAAUGGUUUAUGCUGUUCAUAAUGUAUGCGGUGCUUUACAAAAUCUUGUCAGUUCAUUUUCACAUAUGGAUACAGUUAUUACCCAAAAUACCAAUGAUGAUGACAAUCAUGAUAGCGAUGGUUUUGAAAACACAGUACUUAAAGCUGCUCAGAAUAGUAUACCGAAAAUAGCAACUGGUGUCAAUUCUGUUGCAGCUAUUGCAACUUCAGCUAUUACUGCUGUUACAGGUCAUAAAAACCCACUUGAUUUAAUUUAUGUAACAGGGAAAUUUCUUACAAAUGAUUGUAAUCCACAGACAGUGAAUUAUUUACUACAAACACGUGAUAAAGUUAAUGAAUUGUAUACGGCUGUGUGUGUUGAACUUCUUCAUGAUAUUACGCCAAUUUUUUUUGCUAAUCGUGUUCUCGAAAUUCAACAAUAUAAAUCAAUACCAAUUGAAAAUUCUUUACAAAAUCGUCUAAAUCGUAUGUCUGAUAAAGAUAUUCCUAAUAUUGAAUUAGAGAGUAGUCGUCAAAAAGUUCUUCAUAUUCACGAAAAAAAUAAUAUAUUUGAAACGAAUGAUGAUACUGAUAAUGUUAAAAAAAGAAUUCAAGCAAUACAUGAAAAGACACAUAAUAAACGUUUACGCGAUAUUGAGAAAAAAUUAAACAAAAUAUGUCAACGAAAUAAGAAUAAACAAAGACAAAUCAAUACAAUUCAAUCUGAUAAUCAAUAUUCAUUAUCAUUUAAUGUUAUCAAUGAUAAAAAAGAAAUCUUGUUCGAUUCUACUCAAGAUGAAGAUAAUAGUGAUGAUGAAACAAAUGAAUUUUGA